AUGCCAUCAGCCUUCGUCAGAGCGCGCAGCCGUAACCAUCGCCUGCUCCACACCGCCAAGCGCGGCGCGGUGACGAGCGCUCCGUCGACGCUGGUUGUGGUGGGCAUGGGCACCGCGGGUGUACGCCGCUCCAUGCUAUUUGCGCAGCGGAUGUCCGAGCUAUCCGCCGCCGGCCGCAUCCAGACGGUAGUCGGGUAUGACUGCAACGAAGUCACGAUAGCCAACGUGCAGAAGACGUUGCAAAAGUCGUUCGGGGCUGCCCGUACGGGCGCCGGUACCCAGGUACUUUUCCCCAACUACGUUCCGAUGCCCAACGGUUUCAUGCGUGACCCGAAGCGGUUUCGAGAUUUCCUGGGGCCGCUGGAACGGGACAUGGACAAUAUCAUCAGCCAAGUGAUGAUGCACUCUGAGCGUUGCGGCCGGGUUCCGGAAACCAUAAUUGAGUUCAUGGGGUUUUCCGGGCACGCGGUGCUCGGCGGCAUCCUGCACCAGAAGCUGCGGAACGCGUUCCCCAACUCCGCCAUCCUGCCGGUCAUGAUGCUGCCCAAGGACCACGUAUCAGAGGAGUGGACCAAGCGGUACAUCUGGGAGCAAUACGAAGAGCUGCUGUCCGGCUCGAACUGCCUGGUCACUACGCAAUCGGAUGUCAACGCGCGUGAAGACGACGUCCGGCUGGCGACGGGACUAGCCGGCUUUGAGGUAGCAGAAUUCGGCGAAGAAAACGAUCCCUCCGUCAGCCAGUUGGGGGUAACCUUGAGGCGCCUGACACCGGCUUCGGGGGGCUGGCUCGGCAUGGCUGCGGUAAAACGCAAAAUGCCAAUCACGAAGAAGUUCGAGUGGUUGAACUUCCCGCCCUGGUGGCGCCAGUACGCCGCAGUGGGGCCGGACGACGACCUGUCCUCACUUUUGGGGAACGCAAUUUGGUCGACCCUGGAUCCGGCAGCCCAACUAGCGGAGGGGAUCAAUCAACCGCCGCACGCUCCGCAAGAGAUAGUCGUUUCGCUGCCACUGCACGGCGAUGAGCUGGAGCCCGUAGCGGCGCAGGCGGCGGAGGCCCUCGAUCACAGCAAUAUAUUCGACCGGUUCACCAACCUGGACAUUGCGUUCAACACCGCCCGCUUCACGGACGGCAUCGAGCCGGAACCAUAUAUGCACGUUACCAGGAUAUAUCCGGUGAACGGCGAAUUGCAGACGGUCACGGCGAUACUCCGGGGCGGAGGCGUGACGCUUCCACACGCCGCCGCGAUGAGGUCAGAGACGGGAUUCGGAUCGUAUUUUCACCUGCGCGACCCGGCGUACAAUCCGUUAUUGCCGCCAGGGGGUGACAAUACGGAAAUCGAAGAUAACGGACAACAGCAUGUCCGAUAUGUAUAG